AUGAUCGAUGGAUCUUUGCAUGUUGCAGAGGAUUUGGUGUCCAUGUCGGCUGACAUGAACUUGUCUUCGAACACGCGGCAGCACAUUGCAAGUGGAUUCAUCUUUUUUGAUUGGUUUGCCAUCCCACAAAUCACCGCACGACAAAGUGGCGUGAACGAGGAAGCGAUCAAAUCCGAUGCGGCUUUGGCUGUCCAGAGCAUCCCCGCGUACGUGGAACUGUCAAACUUGUUCUUAGCAGUGGUGCCAGAGUUGACGCACAAAGAUACGGCAGCCCUGGUGAACUAUGGGACGUGGCUCUCACGAGGGUGGUGCCGAGCCGAGCUGUGGUGCCGGCUCUUGUCGAACAAGGCGGACACCUCGGUCAUCGUCGUGCAUUCGCCGGCGGAGGCCGAGUUUAUGUUUCCACUGGAUUGGCAACACAGCACCAUUGUGGAUGGUGACUUCACGGUGGAAGCAGAUCGCGCCACGGUCGUCCAGCUUGGGGAGACUGCCGUGGAGAGCAAGGUCGCAUAUUUGCAGUUUCAUGGCCCCUUGAGCCACUAUCGCUUCUAUGCUGCCUUGCGGCCCAAGCUGCUGUGCCAGAAGCAGGUCAGCAGAGAUGUGGACGAGUUCCUGGAGUACUUUCAGUUUGAUACGUUGCGAGAAGCUGCGCAAGACGCCAGCAGUAUGAAUGCUGCAAUGUGUGCCGUGUUGUCCGGCGAUGCUCCCAUCCUGCGCCGUCUGGCCGAGAACCGUGCGAACAUGAACUUUGCUCUGCACGGCCUCAGUGACUUGGGGUUUUAUGACACCCAAACCCUCUUGAUGGCGGCUGUGAAGUCUCGGCAAGACGGUUCUCUGGUACGAACACUGCUGUCGCUGCGAGCCGACGUGAACGGCCGAGCACGGACCACUUUGCCAGCUCUCUACAUGUGCCGGUCAAGCGAGCAUGUGAAACUGCUCGUCGAGCAUCGGGCAGAGCUGCCAAACUACAUUCUGAAUGGGGCUGUUUCCUUUGCUGGCCCUGAUACAGUCAUGACACUGUUGAAACUCCGGUGUGACCCCAACAGCCACGAUGGCACGUGGUAUGGCCCCUUACAUGCCGUAGCUUUGCUUGCACGGAGCAAUCGCCAUGCCGUCGCAAACGCCAAAGUGUUGCUAGACCACCGUGCAGAUGUCAAUGCGCGCUGCACGCAGGACGGUUGGUUCUACUGGGAAUGCCAGUGGGCUCAACUGCGAGCUGCCAUUUACGGCUUUGAGAACUGUAACAUGAUGACCAAAGAGCGGGCUUCCGUGAUUGGCGUUUCACCUCUGGGCUAUGCGGCCCUCGUGGGACACACGCAGCUGAUUGAGCUGUAUUUGGACCGUGGUGCGGAGUGCUAUCCCAAUGAUCGUGGCGACUGGCCGGAUGACUUGGCCCGCAAGAACCACCACCAUCACCUCAUCCCAAUGCUCGCCACUUUCCCUACGUAA